UUGAAUGUUUCCAUGGUAAUAAGCAACGAAUUUGGCGCUUUACUUUUCAAAAAACGCUUUUUUCACUACUUCAGUAGGAAUCCUACUUUUACAAAAGUUUUGACGUCUUCACUGAAAAUAAUUGUUGUUUUAAUUCACGAAAACAUUGCGGGCCUAGACUUUGUGAAGGUCUUCGAUCCCGUUACAAGGACAGUCAAUGAUAGCUCAAUAAGUGAUAAUGUACUCCGAAAGACAGAUAAAUCAGAUAAUUCCAUAAAAACUCUAAAAAAGGUAAAACCUUGCAAGAGUUUAAAUGCAUCACAUUUUUCACUAAAAAUUUCAGAAAAACAAGUUACCCAAGAAAAGAGAGGCUCCGAAACAGCGCUUCACAAUUUAAAAGUUAUAAAAAGAUGCAAGCUAACUUUGUUUUAUCUCAACCUACUAAAGUUCUUAUAA